AUGGGGGCUUUUUUGGAUCGGAUCCCUAUUAUACAUUAUCUUUGGCGCCCUUGCAACCUUAUACUUAAUGGUAUCGUCGUCAUCCUCUUCUUUCCCGACUCCCCGAUCAGCGCUCGCUUCUUGUCCAAGGAAGAAAAGAUUGGUGCUCUCAAGCGCGUCCGUCAGGACCAAGCUGGCACGCACAACAAGCAUAUCAAGAGAUACCACAUCGUCGAGACCUUCAAGGAUAUCUGGGCUUAG